UGUUUGCUUGAUCGCUAAACACAUGCUCAUAUUUGCUUUCUACAAGACGCAACCUAAUCGUAACGCUCGUACGUCAAACCUGUAACGCCGUUAAUCAAAAUUGUAAACAGAUCGCAUCACAACGAAAAGCAGCGCGGAAACAUUUGGAGCGGUACCAGCCUAAUUAAAUUAAACGCACCAACUGCAUGGUGCCGGUAGUGAUUGUGCAAAAUCGAUAAACUUUCCCUGUGUUUAGCAGUUCGUGUCCUACAGUCAUGUCGUUCAAUUUUGGAAACACAUCAGCGCUCGGUUCAACGAGCACACCGACCAAGCCGGCUUUUGGCAAUUUCUCAUUCGGUGGACAAACGUCAACACCAGCGUUUGGAGCGACUGCUGCAACUGGUGCAGCUCCCGCAUUCGGUCAAGCUACAGCCACGUCGGCUUUCGGUGCAGCGGCAGCACCCGGGUUUGGAGCGGCCGCAGGUACUCCAGCACCCGGCACGAGUGCGUUCGGAACGUUGGGUUUCGGUGCGGCCACAGCUGGAACUACAGCGUUCGGUGCCGCACCAACAAGCUCUGCCCCGUCCUUCGGAUUUGGAACAAAUACGGCUACAGCGGCCGCACCUGCCUUUGGUGGGUUUGGAACUGCCACCUCUACUGCUGCAACGGGCUUCGGUGGAUUUGGGGCAACCACUGCCACUAGCGCGAGUGCUCCUGCAUUCGGUGGCUUUGGCACAGCGACACAACCCUUCGGAACAUCGAUUGCGACCACUUCGGCACCAUCCUUCUUCGGUGGACUUGGAUCCACGCAACCGCAAGCGAGCACCGGUUUCGGUGGGUUCGGUACCGGUAAUACCUUUGGUGGUGGUGGUGGUACGACUUUUGGUCAACCGGGCGCUACAACCGGUGGCUUAAACUUUGGACAAUCGGCCUUCGGUCAGCCACAGCAACAACCGCAGCAACAACUCGCUCCAGCCCUCUCGCCCGAGGAAGCAUUCGUCCAGUCCGUCUUCAAUGUGUCCAUCUUUGGUGAUGAACGGGACACAGUUAUUUCGAAAUGGAACUACCUGCAGGCUAUGCUCGGGACAGGCAAAUCGUUCUACUCGCACAAUGCACCACCGGUUGAGAUCACCCCAUCGAACUUUCUGUGCCGAUUCAAGACAAUGGGCUACAGUAAACUGCCCGGGAAGGACAACAAAACCGGACUGGUGGGUCUGACGGUCAACAAAACUGUGGCACAAAUAAAGGAACAGCAACAGCAGUUCAUCAACAGCAUGAACCAAAUAUUUGGCAACAAACCGAACAUUACGAUCGUGGUGGAAAACGUUAAAUCCAUCAACGACGCGAAGGUGCAGGUAAUAAUCUACAUCGAGGAAAAGUCAACCAUCUCGAACGAGAUAAAGCGCGUACUGGCAACGGAAGUGGCCAGCUAUCUGAAUCAACCGAUGCCUAAGCAGCAGCUUACUCAGCUCGGUAUUGAAUCGGUCGUUGCAUUGGUGCUGCCGGAGGAAGAUCAACUGAAGGAGUAUCUUGACAACCCACCGAAGGGCAUCGAUCCGCGCAUGUGGGAACAGGCAAAGAUCGAUAAUCCCGACCCGAAGCGUUUCAUUCCAGUGCCGAUGAUUGGCUUUCAGGAUCUUAAGUGGCGUAUAAAGUGUCAGGAGAAUGAAACCGAAAUUCACGCAUCGUACCUUGCCAAGGUGGAGAAGGAGAUCGCCGAGCUGAAGCAGCGUCACAUGAACACGACCGCCAAGAUUGCCGAACAUCGGCGCAACUUUGCCGAGCUAAGUCACCGCAUACUGCGGGUGAUCGUAAAGCAGGAAAGCACACGCAAGCUGGGUUUGGCCCUCUCGCCGGAAGAGGAAGCGAUUCGGACGAAGCUCGAAAACAUGCAUGCGCUCGUAUCCACCCCGACACAGUUCCGUGGGAGGCUGAGCGAACUCCUUUCCCAGAUGCGGAUGCAGCGCAACCAGUGGGCGCACGGGAACUUCCUGAACGAGUACACGCUGGACAAGGAUGCAACGCAGGAGAUGCAAUCGUUCCUUACGAUGCAGCAGAAGGCGGUUUCGUUUUUGAUCGACACGAUACACAAGGACAUGAAGACGCUUAAAGUUAUCACCGAAGGUAUGACGCAGCUAGUACAGGGCUAGAGAAAACGCAUGCUGCGAAACGUUACGAGAAAAGACACUCUGCCAUCUACUACGCGUGUUGGUUGUAUAAUUGUUUAUUGUGUAAUAAAACGAUACAAACAUUACAAUCGUAAAA